AUGCCAGCGGUCUUUCUACUGGGCUUGCCGCUUGCGCUGGUAUCAGCGGCAAGCAUGAGCUGCGUGCCUCGAAGCAGCGCAGCUUCCUCACGCAGCUUGCAGGGGGACCUCUACGCGGGAGUGGCAAGGACUUCAAGGCAAGAUUGGAUGGCCACAUCCCGCAUCUUCAGACAAGCACGGGCCGUCGGAGGACCUAAGAAGAGAAAGAAAGACACAAAGAAACAAGUACAAGUUCAGAAGGAAAGAAAGAAGCGGGACAAUGUCAUAGAGCUCGACGGCAAAGUCAUGGUCCAUUCGCGAAAUCUCUUCAAGGUGCUUCUAAGCAACGGAGCAGAGGUGCAGUGCACGCUUGCCGGAAAGCUCCGCAUGAACAACAUCAAGGUCAUGGAAGGAGAUGCCGUGACCGUCGAGAUGUCACCUUUCGAUUUGACGAAAGGUCGUAUCGUCUUUCGUACAAUCAAGAUGCCCGGAGAAGAAGACGAUGACACCGCGUAG